GGCGCGAUCUAUGGGUGAUGGUGGUAUCAGCGUCACCGUACGAGCACAUGCUGGGCAAGCCCGACGUUAAGUACGUGGCCAACAUCCACGGGAAUGAAGCCGUCGGUCGGGAACUGCUAUUGCACCUCAUUCAGCACUUGGUCACCUCCUACGACAGCGACCCCUACAUCAAAUGGUUGUUAGACAACACCAGGAUCCACCUGAUGCCGUCCAUGAACCCCGACGGUUUCGCCAUCUCUAAAGAGGGACAAUGCGACACCAUUCACGGCAGACACAACGCCCGUCGGUACGACCUGAACCGCAACUUCCCAGAUUACUUCAAGGCUAACACGAAGCAGCCGCAACCCGAGACGGAGGCGGUCAAGGAAUGGAUCUCCAAGAUCCAGUUCACGCUGUCGGGAUCGCUGCACGGCGGCGCUCUCGUCGCCUCGUACCCGUUCGACAAUACGCCCAGUGCCAGACUAUGCAGAUCUUCAGUACUAUGCUCAGUGUUCCAAAGCUACGCGCACUCCCCGUCGAUCGCCCCGGAUGACGACGUGUUCCGCCACCUGUCGCUGGUGUACUCCAACAACCACGCCAAGAUGUCGCGAGGGGUCUCCUGCAAGUCGGGCUCGCCGCGCUUCGAGCACGGGAUAACUAACGGUGCCGCAUGGUACCCUCUUACAGGUGGAAUGCAGGACUACAACUAUUUGUGGCACGGAUGCAUGGAAAUCACAUUGGAAAUAUCCUGCUGCAAGUAUCCCCCGGCGCACGAGUUACCCAAGUAUUGGCAGGAUAACAAAGAGUCAAUGAUCAAGUACCUGGCCGAGGCGCACCGCGGCGCGCACGGGUUCGUGAUGGACGAGAACGGCAACCCGGUGGAGCGCGCGUCCGUGCGCGUCAAGUCACGCGACGUCGCCUACCACACCACGCGCUACGGCGAGUUCUGGCGCAUCCUGCUGCCCGGCACCUACCGCCUCGAGGUCACUGCCGAAGGCUACUUGCCACAAGAAGUAGAAUUUAUCGUUAUCGAUAGCCACCCAACUCUACUUAACGUUACUUUACAUUCGGCUAAGGGGUACGUGCCGAGCCUGCCCGCCAGAAAGCCGAGCCGCGGCUCCAGCAGGAGGGUCACCACCACCUCCACUACCACUACUACUACUUCUACUACAGCCCCUGGCGGUGCCGACGGAGCAUGGAAAUUCCCUGAAGACUAAACCACUCGCAUCGACGGCGGGCCGUACUACCGGCCGCUGGCGCCGACGCGGCCGCACGCGCCGCCGCCGCCACCUGGCAUCUUCGCCUCGCUAUCCAAUUCUUUCAACAGCUUCGUAUCUAAUAUCUUUGGUUGAGCUAAGAAACUCAACCUGAACGCGCAGACAUGCGGUGCUAUGUGUUAACCGCCUAACCCGGUUAUAGAUAUUUGCCUAGCUAGUGGUU